CCGAUACUUGUUUAGUCCCUCAGCCGCCCGCCCAUUCUUCAGAGACCGCCCACACUUCUCUCCGUCUGAAGAUCUUGUAUUCCACGCAUAAUGCCCUCGACUCGCCGUGUCGUACAAUGCGUGCGGUUUGUCCGCCGCCAGUCAGCCAACAUCGCCGCUUUCGCCUACACGAUAUUUCUUUUCAUGAAGUCAGACGUCGGUACUGUGAUCCUGCCCACUACAUCCUUAGGCAUCAGUCUCAUCGGUGUCCCCGAAGCCCACGCUUUUCUCGAGGGACUCAUCUGGGUGACGCUCCAUCUUCUCGCCUUCGAUGUCCAGAACCAGAUAAUCGGACUCGAGGAGGAUCGCCUGUCCAAGCCACACCGUCCUAUUGCUGCAGGACGCAUUAGUGUUCAGACCUCCCGACGUCUUCAUAUUUUGUUCACCGUCGCCUCACUCCUUGAUAGCAUGCGCCACGGUCUACUUGUCCACAGCGCGAGUUACUUCGUCUUGAUUACGAUGUACAACGAAGGAAAUCUCUCGAGCUUUUGGAUGACCAAGUCCGGUAUCAUCGCCGUCUCUAUCGGCAUCCUGGGCUCCGGCGUCGUAGCCUGUUUUGAUCACGAUCGUCCGCUCUCCCUGACCUCCAUUCACGCGAUCAUAAUGACCGUGCUCAUCCAAGCUACGACUAUCCACGCUCAGGACUUUCGCGACAUGGCUGGCGACGCUGCCAUAGGGCGCAAGACAUUGCCGAUGCUUCUUCCUCGAGCGCUAGCGCGAUGGAGCAUUGGCAUACUCCUUCUUAGCUGGUCCAUCAUUCUCGUCGCCUUUUGGGAUCUGCCUGCUGGGGCCGCGCUGGUGAUGUAUGGCCUCGCGGGAUAUACAGCUUGCUCCUUCCGUGCUGGUGGUACAAUAUGUGGUUUACUGCUUGCCUGGCUCUGCCACUUUUCCAUCGACUUCGGCCAGUGA